AUGGUUCAUCAACACGGCGAUCAUCAUGACAUCCCCGCGAAGCACCGCAUUCACAAACCUGGUGCAUGGCUUCCCGCCGACCAUCGUGUACACAGAGAGUUCAUGCGUCGCGUAACCAAGCAUGCCGACGAGAAUCCCAAGAAGCUGAUCCCCGUUCUCCAAGAGUUCAAGGAGUUCAUUGAGACCACGCCGCGCGUGUACAUGUACUUCAUCCAGAUGUUUGAAGAGAUUCCACAGAAGCACCCCUACGAGAAUGAUCCCACCGGUACGCCACAGCUGCGCGACUAUGAGCACAUGCUCCAGGUGCUGAACCACAUCUUCUCUACUGCGCCCGAGUGGACGGAUGCGGCGGAGAGUGUGGGUAUGGUUGGUGUGCCGCUCUGUGCUAUCUUUGACUAUCCCAUGGGAACACCGAGUGGUUAUGCGGCGUUCUUGGAUCCUGAUGUGAACCGUAUGCUUAAGAAGGUUCUCAAUACAUGGGGCAAGUUCCUACAGACACCCGAGUCGGCCAAGGUUCUAGGAGACCACACGCAGGGCUGGUUCGGCCCAGUUGGUCUUCACGAUCUCGUUGAGGUUGCCAACAAGCCCGACAAGACCGACUUGAAAUUCGAAGAUAUGUUCCAUUGCGAUGCUUCAGCUAAAUACUACGGCUACAAGUCAUGGGACGACUUUUUCACGCGCAGAGUCCGCGAUGAGGCUCGCCCCGUAGCUUCUCCCGACGAUGACCUCGUCAUUGCAAACUGCUGCGAGUCACGCGUGUACAACAUCGAGCACGAUGUCAAACUCCGCGACCGCUUCUUCGCAAAGGGCCAGCCAUACUCCAUCCUCGACAUGCUAGCCAACGACCCUCUCGCUGAGAAAUUCGCUGGCGGAACCAUCUACCAAGCUUUCCUAUCAGCGCUAUCAUACCAUCGCUGGCACACCCCCGUAUCUGGUAAGAUUGUUCGCGCCUUCGUCCAAGACGGCACGUACUUCAGCGAGCCGCUGUUUGAGGGUGUAGGCGAGCCUGGCUCAACUGAGAUCUCGGCAGCGGGAUUGUCGCAGAGCCAGGGAUAUUUGAGUGCGUUGGCGACACGAGCAAUUAUCAUCAUCGAAGCGGAUGAGCCUGCCAUCGGACUCUUGGCGUUUGUGGGAAUUGGUAUGGAUGAAGUGAGCACGUGUGAGAUUACUGUCAAGGAAGGUGACCAUGUUGUGAAGGGACAGGAAACUGGCAUGUUCCACUUUGGAGGAUCGACGCAUUGUGUUAUCUUCAGAAAGGGCGUUAAGGUCGAGGGGUUCCCUGAGGUUGGCAGGGAGGCGAAUGUGCCAGUGCGAAGUCAGCUGGCUGUUGUGAAGAAGUAA